UGGCUGCUGCGUCCAAGGGGACAAGGGGCCCAAAUUCGCACGUCGCAUGGCUUGAUGGCUCGGCAGGGGUGUUGCAUAACUAUAUAUAUCGACUUGAUGCCAGUGGAGUGCAUAGUUCAAUUCUGUCCCGCAACCUAGUAAGGCUCCAAUAUCGUUCCAACAUGAAGUUCUUCGUCGUCGCUUUGGCUUUGAUUGCUGUGGCUGCUGCCCAGGAUGAAACCAUGUACACCUCAAAGUUUGACAACAUCAACCUGGAUGAGAUUCUACAGUCGGAUCGUCUGUUCAAGAACUACUACAACUGUCUGACCGAUGCUGGACCGUGCACUCCCGAGGGUAACGAACUGAAGCGUGUCCUGCCAGAAGCUCUGGAGACAAACUGUGCCAAGUGCAGCCCCAAGCAGCGUGAAGCUGGAACCCGAGCCAUCAAGCACGUGACUGAGAACCGCCCAGAAGAAUGGAAGGUUCUGCGCGCCCGCUUCGACCCGGAGAACAAGUAUGUCGCCCAGUACCUGUCCGAAGCCGAGAAGGAGGGAAUCAAGCUGUAAACUGAGGGCUUUGUUGAGUGAUAGUAUUAGGUUGUAUUAAAUAAAUUGUUGAUUGAAAAUUGA